AUGGGAGACCACCAGGAGAUCCAAUGGGCCAACAUUUAUCGUUUUCCUGAUUUUGCAGCAGCCGUUCUUUUGGGGGGGGGGCAGGAGGAGCGGGAGAAGCGCCGCCUGGAGCAGCUGGAGCGGAAGAAGGAGCUGCAGCGGCUGCUGGAGGAGGAGGAUGCCAAGCUGAAGGGCAGGGCACCCAAGCCCCCCGGCCCCACCAAGGUCACCCGGGCCCAGAUCGACGAGGUCCUCCGCAAGGACCUGAAGGACAGCCCGGACGUCGCCGCCGGAGAGAAGCCGAAGAGCCACCUGGAGCUGCCCCUGGAGGAGAACCUGAACCGGCGGGUGCUGGAGGAGGGCUCCGUGGAAGCCCGCACCAUCGAGGAGGCCAUCGCGGUGCUCAGUGUGGCCGAGGACCCAGACCGGCACCCGGAGCGCCGGAUGAAGGCGGCCUUCUCGGCCUUCGAAGAGGAGACCCUCCCCCGCCUGAAGCAGGAGAACCCCAACAUGCGUCUCUCCCAGCUGAAGCAGCUGCUGAAGAAGGAGUGGAUGAAGGCCCCCGAGAACCCCAUGAACCAGCGCCACGCCUCCUACAACAGCCAGAAAUGAGGCCCCCCCAGGACUGACUGGAAAACCCCCUCCCC